AUGGAGCCAAACACUAAGCUUGUUCUUAUGACCUUGGUUCUUGCCUUGACACUCACGGCAGCAACCGGAGAGAUGUGCGGUAUGACCAUUGCUGGUAUGUACUCUUGCAAGCCCUAUGUGCAGACUGAGAACCCAUUGACCACCGGGAUUAAUCCCAAGGGCGCUUGCUGCACUGCCCUGUCCAAGGCCGACUUCAAGUGUCUCUGCCAGGAGAAAAGCAAACCCCAUCCCUUUCUCAGCGGGAUUGACUUUGACCUCGCUUCUAAACUCCCAGCGAAGUGUGGUUUAUCUGAUGUAACUUGCUAG